CUUUUUUAGAUCAUUUCACUGGUUUGAAGGAGGUAAGAUGGCGUGCGUGCUACAUAUUAAUAGGAAAGUAACACUUUUAAACAAAGUAAAGCCAAGAAACUUUUUUAUUAGAAAUAGAUCGUUUAUAAGAAAGAAGUUGGUAUCAAGAGAGGAAUGUCUUAGGAUUUCACGAUGUGCUAUGGCAGACUACGGUUCAAUUUUGAAGCGAUUGAAUCUUAGUGAACAAUGGCCAAAAUUUGAAGGAACCGGUGCCGCGUUACAAUUCUUAUGUAACGAGAAUUCUAAACUCCAUUACAUGCACAUACGACCUAGUAACAGCUUUCCAGCUUAUUAUAGGAUCGAACUUUUAAUGCAGCGAAUGCAAUAUAUGUCAACGAUGGGCCUAACACCGAAAGAAAAAUUAAUUGCGUUAAAGAAAAAACCCCCCGUGAUGAUUGUCAGUAAUAAACAGCUUAUUGAAGGAAGUGGUAUGGUUUACCUGCGUGGAAUUUUAAAGGAGGGUUCGGUACAGAGAUAUAUAUUUCAUCCAGUUUUUCCUCGUAUGUGCAUUAGGAAAACCAAACUAGAUGAAAGGCUGGAUGCCCUUGCAAAACAGAUGGAAGCAACAAGAAGGACUGUUCUGGAGACUGCCAUGAGUUUGCCCUGCUUUUCUGUCAGUGCUAAUUUCUUGAACGAGUAUGGAGAUGGUAUAAUGUAUUUACACAGGAAAAUAUUACCCAAGAAGUUUGAUGUUGAUUGUCAUACAAUCAACAUUUACCCGCCUAUUUUUUCUGGGCUUGAGGGUCUGCACAAGAGAAGCAUGAUAGAUGUUAGGAUUCCUGAGCUACUUGGAUACAAAUUGUUUGACCUCCUUGAUACAACAUUUGAAACGUGCAAUGGGAAUGGCUGCCCAGAGGAUUUCACAGAUAUGAUGCUCAGGGAAUAUAAUGAAGAAUUUCAUUAUAACCCUCCAGUAAACUUCAGGAAGAAACAUAUACCGAGGAAACAAAGGCGGUUUUACACUGAAGAUGUACCAAUUUUUUUACAGUCAACUCCCAUUUCAUAGAAAUAUUUGCUAAACCUGUUUUUUUGAUUUA